AUGAAGGUCCUUCUUGCUGUGCCUCGCAGCACACUGUUUUUACGGUCUACUCGUCCCCGUCCCGCUUGUCUCCGGAAAACCCGCGCCGCCAGGUCCUUUGCAACGCAAGUCCAUCAUUCCACCGCCAUCCCGGAAUCCGAUGCCAAUAAAGAACGAGUCGUGAUCCUCGGAUCUGGCUGGGGCGGAUAUACGCUCUCGCGAAAACUCGCCCCGCAGUCGUUCGCGCCGGUCGUCGUCUCCCCGCGCUCCUACUUUGUCUUCACGCCGCUGCUGACCGACGCCGCCGGCGGAUCGUUGGAUUUCUCGAAUAUCGUGGAGCCCGUACGCGACCCGCAUGCCCGCGUUGAUUUCAUCCAGGCGGCCGCGCGCAGCGUCGACUUUCAGAAGAAGACGGUGCUCUGCGAAGCGACGGUCGUGAAGAGCGGCGUGACGGAAUCGCCGCGCACGCACGAGAAUGAGCGCGAGACCGAGGAGGGUCCGGAGACAACCAAGUACAAGCCCAUGCAGGGUGCGCGGGACUGGGAGAAGGGCGAGAUGUUCGAGGUGCCCUAUGAUAAGCUGGUGGUUGCCGUCGGCGCCGUCAGCAAGACCUUCGACACGCCCGGCGUGCGGCAUAAUGCCAUGUUCUUUAAGGAUAUCGGCGAUGCCCGGCGCGUCAAGCGUCGCGUGCGUGAGUGUUUCGAGCUAGCCGUCCUGCCGACCACGAGCCCCGAGAUGAGGCAGUGGUUGCUGCAUUUCGCCAUCGUGGGCGCGGGCCCCACCGGCACCGAACUGGCGGCGUCCCUGCGCGACUUCAUCUAUAAAGAUUUAGUGAGGCUGUAUCCGGGUCUUCAGGGCAUCCCACGCAUCACAUUGUAUGACGUGGCGCCGAAGGUGCUGUCGAUGUUCGACGAGUCGCUGUCGCGGUACGCCAUGGAGACGAUGAAGAAGGAGGGCAUCGACAUCAAGACGUCGCAUCAUGUGCAGAGCCUGCGAUGGGGCGUCCCUGGAGCUGAACCGCCGUACCCGAUGGAUCCGAAGCGAUGUCUAACGCUGACAACGGAGGAGGAGGGCCAAGUCGGCGUCGGCAUGUGCGUGUGGGUCACGGGGAAUGCCAUGAACAAGUUCGUGCGCAAGUCGAUGCAAGACGUCGAGAAGUUUCCACAUGACUCGGCCAUAGUAAAGGAAUCACCAUCAUCUCCUGAUCCCGAAGGGUGGCACGUCAAGAAAGCCCCCAAGGUGGGCGCCCUGCUGGUAGACGGCCACCUACGCGUGCAGCUCGAGCGCGAAGACGGCACGACGGCCGUCCUACAGGAUGUUUUUGCACUCGGGGACAACGCGAUGCCUGAGACGGGCGCGCCGCCGGCCACAGCGCAGGCGACGUCGCAGGAAGCAAAAUGGUUGGCGACGCGUCUUAACAAGGGCGAUCUCCAGCAGAGCGCGCCGUUCUCUUUCCACAACAUGGGCACGAUGGCGUAUAUCGGCGACGCAAAGGCGUUGAUGCAGCUACCUCAGGAAAACAAUGGCAAAAAAUACCUGCCAGGCCACUUGACAGGGCGCAUGGCGUGGAUGGUGUGGAAUUCGGCAUAUUUGACGAUGAGCAUCAGCUGGCGCAACAAGCUGCGGGUGGCAUUCCGGUGGUUGUUGAAUAAUAUAUUUGGACGCGAUGUGUCACGGUAUUAG